AGCCUCUCCUUAAUCUGGCCACAAUGCUCGAAGUAGAUUCCCGUGAAUAUCGUCCAAUAGAAGAAUCGAUCUGAACUACAAUAUUCAAUAUGACCAUCAUCUCCGGUGCCGCUCCCGCUCCCGCUCCCGGAGCCCGCUUCGCCCUCGUGGCUCUUCUUUCCUUUUCCGCUUUCUGCCUCUGGAAAUCCUACAGUCUCCGUCACCGGCGCCGCAACCGCACACCCUCCUUAACUUUUCCAAACCCUAACCCUAAGCCUAAACCUAACCAACCAGCAAAAAUCUUCUUCGCCUCGCAGACUGGUACUUCGGAGUUUCUCGCCCGUCGCCUCGCUACCCGCCUCUCCGCAUGCGGCAUAGCGGUCGACAUUGUCGAUCCCCGAGAUUACGAGCCAGAAGACCUGCCCAAGGAAACGGUAGUCCUCAUUGUCGCCUCCACAUGGGAAAACGGCGAGCCUCCCCCCAACGCUGCGUUUCUCGCCCGAUGGCUUGCAGAAAGCGCCGCCGACUUCCGUGUUGGAUCCCUGAUGCUCACCCGUUGCCAGUUCGCGGUGUUUGGGGUUGGGUCUCGGUCGUACGGCUCGACCUUCAACGCUGCUGCGCUAGACUUUACGCGGUGGAUGAAGGAACUGGGCGCUGCGGAGAUGAUGCCAUUGUGGGAUGGGGAUGUGGACGGAGGGGGGCUUGAAAAGGAAUUCGAUUUGUGGAGUGAGGAAAUCUUGAGUUUCAUGAAGGGGGAAAGGAGAUUGGGUGAUGAAGCGAGGAGAGAUGAAGUUGAUGAGCUCGAAGAGGAUGUGGAGUUUGAUGAUGUUGAUGAGGUGGUUAUUGAGACUGUGGAGGAUGAUGUUGUUGAUUUGGAAGACAUUGCUGGAAAAGCACCGUCGAAAAAAACGAGUGGGGAGCUGGUCAAUGGUAACGGUGGGAUCAAGGAGAUGGUUACGCCAAUCAUUAGAAAAAACUUGGAGAAACAGGGAUACAAGAUUAUUGGUUCACAUAGUGGUGUUAAAAUUUGUAGAUGGACGAAGGCACAACUUCGAGGGCGCGGGGGCUGCUACAAGCACUCAUUUUAUGGGAUUGAGAGUCAUAGGUGCAUGGAAGCAACCCCAAGCUUAGCUUGUGCAAAUAAAUGUGUAUUUUGUUGGCGGCAUCAUACUAAUCCUGUGGGAAAAGAUUGGCGGUGGAAACUGGAUGACCCUCUCGUUAUUGUUGAUGCCGCCAUUGACCUGCAUGUUAAAAUGAUAAAGCAAAUGAAGGGUGUCCCAGGGGUUAAGGAGCAGCAUUUACUUGAAGGUCUAUCUCCCAGACACUGUGCAUUGUCUCUUGUUGGUGAGCCAAUCAUGUAUCCAGAGAUAAAUACACUUAUUGAGGAACUGCACCGCAGGCACAUAUCUACUUUUCUUGUUACAAAUGCUCAAUUUCCUGAUAGAAUAAAGAUGUUAAAACCUGUUACCCAGUUAUAUGUGAGCGUUGAUGCUGCAACAAAGGAGAGCUUGAAGGCAAUUGAUAGACCACUUUUUAGAGACUUUUGGGAGCGCUUUGUUGAUUCUCUAAAAGCUUUGCAAAGCAAACAGCAGAGAACAGUUUACCGUUUAACUCUAGUUAAAGGAUGGAAUGCUGAAGAAGUAGAGGCAUACGCUAACUUGCUAGGCCUCGGAGAACCAGAUUUCAUCGAGAUUAAGGGUGUCACAUACUGUGGCUCGACUGCCACAUCAAAGCUGACAAUGGAGAAUGUUCCCUGGCAUUCUGAUGUUAGAAAGUUCUCUGAAACUUUGGCCAUCAAAAGCAACGGCCUUUAUGACGUAGCAUGUGAGCAUGUUCAUUCUUGCUGUGUUCUUCUGGCAAAAGUUGGCAAGUUCAAAAUCAAUGGUUUGUGGCACACCUGGAUAGACUACGAAAGGUUUCAUGAUCUAGUGUCUUCAGGAAAGGCCUUCAGAACUGAAGACUACAUGGCUCUUACACCAUCUUGGGCCGUGUAUGGUGCAGAGGAAGGUGGAUUUGAUCCAAAUCAGUUUCGCUAUAAAAAAGAGCGUCUUAAAAACUAG